CUGUGCAAAGAAACCUCCCCCCAAAACCAACAACUCCCCCCCUCAGCUUGAACACCCGCACGUGAAAAACCCGAGACUUCCAGCAUGGGAAAAAAGGAGAAGAAACUCCCGGCCGGCACCUCCCGCAGCAAGCAGGCGCCCGCGGGGGAACGAGGCAGCGGCUCGGCGGCGGCAGGCGAGGGGGACCCCAAAGCGGGCGCCGAGGAGGCGCCCCCCACUUGUUGCGGCUGCCGCUUCCCGCUGCUGCCGGCGCUGCUGCAGCUGGCGCUGGGCAGCGCCGUGGCGGCGCUGGGCUUCCUGGCAGCGGGCGUCAGCUCUUCCCUACCAGCCAGAGACACGCCGCACUGGGCUGGGAUCAGCGUCUGCGUGGUGUCCUUAGUCGGAUUUGUUAUGCUUUGCAUUUCAUACCAACCUGAUGAGAAGACAUGUGUGCAGUUCACAGUAAAGCUCAUGUAUUUUCUGCUGAGCGCCCUGGGUCUGGUUGUCUGUGUUUUGGCAGUGGCUUUUGCUGCACAUCAUUAUUUGCAGAUGACACAGUUUACCUGUGACACCGUCCUCGAGUCUUGCCAGUGCAAAGUGGACACGGAGGACCCAAUGAGCAGGACCUUCGUUUACCAGGACGUGGUGGACUGCAGCAGUGUCACCAGCACGCUCAACCUGUACUUACUUCUGCAGAUGGCUCUCAACCUGAUCGCAGCCAUCGUGUGUCUGCUGGCAUGCUUUGUCAUGUGGAAGCACAGAUACCAGGUUUUUUAUGUGGGCGUUCGUUUCUACCCGUUAACAGUUACCGAAGGCCAGCAGCAGAAAGUGUAGGGUUGGGGCCAGGGAGGGAAUGAAAAGUGUCAGCAAACUGCCACCAUAGAUACCACAAGUGGAUGAGCAUUUAUAAGAUUUCCGACAAGGAAAAACGUUCACACAUUUUUAAGGAAUAUAUUCUUUUGGUCAUUUUAAGAGCAAUGCAUGUGGCUGCUAUUGCAAAAGGCCCCUUGUGAGACUAUCUAGAGGUCAGGAAAAAAUCCUAAAGAUGCAGCUGCACAAAUACUCACGAAAGAACAUCUUUAACAGACAUACACAAACUGAGAGCUUAAAAGUCAUUGGAAACUCAUCUGCAGGACCAUAGCCAUUAAGACAUAAGGACCACUUCCUUUGCUGGUGGGAAACUGUUCCUUGUCCUCAGAGAAGCUAUACUGAUUCCUACCAGCUGAAGAUCUGGUCCAAACUGUUUAAUUAUAAUUAUGCCAAUCACGCUUUGGGAAUAUACUGUCUUUUGGAUCCUCUGGGUAUAAUCCACACUAACCUGGUGGAGAUUUAGCAUGUAGAUAUAUGGAUAUGUACUGAGGGAGGUCAAGACCUCUUCAAAUGCAGACCAGCAGCAAAAGUGAAUCAAUUUAUGACUGCAAUAUAAAAUAUAAGCUAUAUAGAUAAGAUUUCUGACAGUGAUUAAUGAUGUAGGUUACCUAAUCCAAUUACUAAUUAACAAUCAAUUAGCAAGUUGACUAGUGGUGAUUUGUUGGGCCCCACUGGAGACCCCCUUACAGGGGCCUGACUUCUGAAGAACAAAUGCUCAGCACUUUGUGAGAAAAGAUCAAUGUAAGAAACCUCGAGCUGAGCUCCUAAAACGGAGGCCCCUAAAUCACUAGUCACAUUGAAAAUAGUGUUGACACUGUUAUAAUUGCAGGCUCCCAAACCCGGCGUCUAGCCAGUUCCACCAAUUAUACCCAAAGCACAAAGGCCGAAGGCAUUUUUGGUGUAACUCCUCUGAAGACAAUCAACCUCACACACCAGCAGUGGAUUUGGGCCAACAGCCAUGAAAGAUAUAUCCCUGCAACAAUAAGUGUUUUUUUAAAUGAGGUGGAGGGAGGGAAGCAAGAAGAGACUGCCAGUCUCCUAAAGACAUCAUUAUAAUAACAAGGGCAAGAGAAUGAUUUUUUUUUAAUAAGCAGCACAGAAUAACAAACUGCAUCCAAACAGUGCUUUUUCACUCCAGACCUGUGGCUCUAAAAGUGCUUUAUGUGUUAUUAGCCUUAUACUGAGACAAAUAGCUUGAUUUGUCCCUUGAACAGUCAGUCCCACUUGCACAGCACAAGCUACCUAGAUGCAAGAGCAAUCCCAGACCUGAUGCACGCUGAGCUGCCUCCCAACAUCUGCGCAAAGGCAAGGCCAAGGAUGCACAAGCCCUGCGACUAGUGGGGGCUGCCGACCUCCACCAGGGUGAGGGUAUCUCCGAGGUGGCGUUGGACAGUGACCGCACACCAGAAAGCUUGUGCAUUAGCAAGGAGGAAGAGAAUAAAUUUUCGACAAUGCUUCAAACAAA